GGCCUCCGCUUGCACCGCAGCCUCCAGCUCUCGCUGCUCGUCCGCGCCGCCCGCCACCGGUACCUGAGCGCCCGCGCCGCCGCCGCCGCCGCCGGGACCCUCCCGGGGCCGGUACCGGCACCGCCCGGGGACACGGCGGGCGGAGAGAACCCCCUGGAACGGCGGGACCCCCCGAGGGACACCGCCGGGCACCCCCCGAACCGACCGAGCGGGGACCCCCGCACCGCCUGCGACCACCCGAGGGACCCGAGCGGGGACCCCCGCACCGCCCCGGGCCGAGGGGACCCCCCGAUGGACACGAGCGGGGACCCCCGCACCGCCUGCGAUUCCCUUAUGGACACUAACAGGGACCCCCGCACCACCCCGGACCGAGGGGACCCCCCAAUGGACACGAGCAGGGACCCCCGCACCGCCUGCGACCACCUUAGGGACCCGAACGGGGACCCCCGCACCGCCUGCGACCACCCGAGGGACCCGAACGGGGACCCCCGCACCGCCCCGGACCGAGGGUACCCCCCGAUGGACACGAGCGGGGACCCCCGCAGCGCCUGGGACCCCACCCGACCGACCGGGGACCCUCUCACCGGCCAGAAACGGGGGGACCCCCCGAUGGACACGAGCGGGUACCCCCCGAACCGACCGACCGGGAAGCUCCCCUCGAGCGCCCCAACCUAUGACCCACAGACCCCACAGACCCCGGACCUCGCGAACCGGGACCCUCCCCAGGACUUCCCGAGCCGGGACCGUGACUCGCCCCCUCGGGACCCCCCGAGCGCUGCCCCGGGAGCCCCCCGGCCUCCCGGAGCCCCCCGGGCCGGGCGGAAGCGGCGCAGCGGCGGCUCGGCGGGGCCGGGGCUGGGGCCGGUCCCGAGCAAACGGGCGCGGCUGGAGGCGGAGGAGCCGCCGGUGCCCCCGGGGCCGCCCGGGCGCUGCUUGGGGGGGGCUCCCGCCGCUGCCUUCGGGCUCCUGGUCCGCGCCAUCGGGGCGUGCUGA